AACGUGGCCAGAAAUGGAUUUUAAAAGUGAAGAUCAGAAGAAAGAGGUGGCAGGUGGCAGGUGAAAGAAAGCAGAAUUUGGAGUUUCAUCCAUGGCCCCGCCACGAUACAAAUUUGACUCUCUCCUUUCGCAUGUCCGCCACGAAAUGACUCACUCAUAAUCUUCAAUAAAAUCCCAUUAUUACUAAUAUAUAUAUAUAUAUAUUAUAAUACCCAAUUUCGUUUUCCAUCAAUUUAAUUCAAUUCUGUCUGAGUAUUAGAAAUCAAAAUCCGAAGAUAAUAGUAAUAAUAAUGUCAGGAGCUCAGGGCGCCCAGCCGAAGGAAUCGUUCACGGCCACCACUUACGAGUCGGUGUCCGGUGGAGAGAACCGCACGAGAACCGAUAUCCGUUCCCGGGAGGACGCGGGAAUGAUUCAGAUCGAUAAACUUCAGGAUAAAGUGGAAGACGCCGCAGGGAAAGGGGGUCCGGUGUUCGGUGCUGGGAAAGAAGACAAAAAGCAAGACCUUGGAGUUACGGGCACUGGAUAAGAUCACCAAAAACCUAUAGUAGCUCUACCUAUACUUUUUAAAUCUAAAUUUGAUCGUACUGUUUCUUGUAACAUAAAUAUAUGUUCUCUCUUUUUCUUUUUCCUUUUUCUUUUGGUGAGAGUUAUAAUAUGUUGUCUGUGAGGUUUUGUUUC